UCCUAAAAAUAUUAUACUUUAUUCCAUUGUACACCUGCAAGUUUACAAUUAAAUUUCAUAUCUUAAAUUUUAGAUCUCUCAUUUAUCAAUUCAAAAUAAAUCGAUUUACUAUGUAUUUAAAGUUGCAGGUGGCGGCGUUGGUGUUCAAACGCUGGAGGCGACGGCAGUGUUCCUUGGUGAGGCUGCAACGGAGGCUCUUAGUUGGUUCGCUGGCAACAAAGGCAUUUGUCUGCUGGUCCGCUGGUGACGGCGACUGUUCGCUAGAGAUGGCGGCUGUCGCUGGUUCGCUGUAGACGGCGGCUGUCCACUGGUUCGUUGGAGACGAAGACCGUUCGGAUGUUCUCUAGAGACCAAACAGAGGUGUUUAGAGGGAGUGGUGGCUUAUAAUUAGAAGGAUAUGGACAAUGUUGUUCGUACUCGUGCUGCGGCAGAGCAAGAAGCUGUGGAUGAUGAUGCGAUUUCCAUGGAAGUCGAUCAGAACAUACCACCAGUUCCGGCCAAUGCUGGACGUGGUAGAGGUAGAGGUGCUGGCAUAGGUAGAGGUAGAGGCAGAGGAGCUGGUGCUGGUAGAGGUGGAGCUAGAGGACGUGGUGCAACAGGUGUUCAGGCACCGAAUGUGCAGCAGGCACCGAAUAUGCAGCAGGCACCAGGGGUGCAACAUGCACCGAAUAUGCAGGCGUUCGACUUCAUUACUUUCUUGGCUGGGUGUAACACCCACAUUUGAAUAUCAUAUAGUUAUGCUCAUGCAUUUCAUUCAAUUUUUUAUGAUUAAGAGUAAGUCACAUUCAUUAGCAUUUACGGAAACAUAACACGUAUGAUUGAUAUUCAUUUACAUAGGAAAUAUGGAAGUUUGAUUAAUGCUAUAACUAUUCAAUUUAAUUAAGAGUUAGUAUAACGACAAACAAAUAUAUUCAAACUAAAUUGGAAUGAAAGUAUGUCGGUUA